AACUUUUUCGAAGUUGUGUCAUCUCAGAUGAUGGGUCAUGUGAGACCGAGGCGUUAUAAGCAUUCGUCUCUCUGUUUUUCUCCCACUCAGCUCUGAUUCUUCGCAUUGGAUUCUCAGGAGCCAGAAUGUUGGCUUUAGUGAUUAUUACCGGACUGCUGGCUUUUGCCUCUAGCAAGCCGUGUGAUACUGAAGGAUCCAAUUCUGAGCUGCUCCUGACACUCAACAGGAAUCUUGUUCAUUCUCUGGAAAGUCCAGAAGGACUUCCCAAUCCCAGCGUUCACCUGGGUCUUCGACUGUCUCAUCACCACAACCAAGCCAAGGAGACAGAUCACCUCAACAAACUGAAAAAUGAACUUCACGAUGACAUUCAAACCUCACUCUCAAACGGCCAGGCUGUGACUGGCAUCAUGGCGCUGUAUAGUCUUGCCCUGAAGUCCUCCUGCUAUGACCUCAACACCAUCAGCUUCACUGCAGAUGACAAGAGUGAGACACUGCUGACACACCUGAAGAGGCAGAUGGAGCAGGAGAAAGAGCACAUCGGCUUCAGCCACCGCCCUUUGACCAACUAUUACCAGUACAGCCUGGGUGUGCUUGCUCUCUGUGUGAGUGGCAUAAGGGUCAGCAACCAUGUCAGCCACAAGCUCAUCAAAGCAGCAGACAAUGAGCACUUCAAACACGGAGAAACCGAGAGCAUUGAUACCUAUGCUAUGGCUGGCAUGGCCCUUCAGUGCGUGAAGAACUCUGGAUCAUAUUCACACAAUGCAGAGGAGCUGAAUUUAACUCUCAACAAGAUCAAGCAGAAGCUUCUGGCCUCUCGUAGAUCUGACGGUCAUAUUGGCAAUGAGUUCAGCACGGGUCUGGCAGUUCAAGCUUUACUGGCAAUGGGCAGUGAGGUUGGAGAUUGUUCUGCCUCAAUGGAGGCCAUGAGAACAGCUGCCAGAAGCAACACCUACCACAACCCCAUGGCUAUUUCUCAGACUCUGCCGGCGCUCCAGAGGAAAACCUACCUGUCGGUAAAAACUCUGGACUGCCUCAAUGAGGAUGACACACUGGUGCUGGAGCCUGUAGACCCUGCUGUGGUUUUACCAAGUGAGACCAAAGUGAAUGUGAUGAUGGAGGUGGUGACUGCUAGCGGAGCUGCAGCUGCAUACUCUGUGGACGUGCCAAAGGGCAGCUCCCUGCUGGAAGCCCUGGAGCUGCUUGAGAGGAAGAAUGUUGGCUUCACAUUUCAGAAGGAAUCCAGUCAGUGGGGACCAUUCUUAAGCGCUGUAAACGGAGAGCAGGCCAGACAAAGCGACCGCAGAUACUGGCACCUUUCUUCUGAUGGCACGGCUCUCACUGAGGGUGUUGGCGACUUCAAGAUCAACGCUACUCAAAAGAUCACCAUCAAAAACACAAGUUACUGAUAAUGUUGCUCUAACGACAAAUUCUUUACCUUCAAAUCUUUUCUGGCACUAUUUUGAUCUGUGAUUAUAGCUAAAUUGUCUGCUGCUAUCGUUUAUUUAUGCAUUCAUAAAUGGCUUGCAUAAAACUGUAAUUUGGGA